AUGCCAACAAACCAGAUGAAAGCACCUCACUCCCUCUCCUGUCUCCUCCUUCUGACUCUGGGUGCCUGCUUUCCUCCAAGUGACAGAAGAGAAAUCGGAGAUCCAGUGGAUGGCAUUGGCAGGGUUCAGAUGAGCGGGUCGGAGAUAGCGGGAAGUCACCAGCCUGGCUUCCCAGAAGGAGCACCUAGGCAGAAGAGAUUCCAAGAUCCAGCCUCCUUGUUCGUCAUGGCUAAGAAGUUACAGGGACUUAGUAAAGAGCGAGCUGGUUUCAGGUUCAGGUUCGGGAGGCAAGAGGUGGACGACAAAGCUACCAACAUCUACCUAGCAAGUGAAGAAAAGCGGAAUGGUCUAUUGGGGAGUCUGGCUGAGGAACUCAGUGGCUACAAUAGAAAGAAAGGUGGCUUCAGCUUUCGCUUUGGCCGGCGAUGA